AUGUCAAACUUCAGAGCCAGUGAUAAUGGAGCACAGAAGAAGCAGUUCUCGUUAACCAAGGCGGUGGAGGAUGUCAGUCAACACGGCUUUGCCCAGACUGAGGCCCUGAAAGAGAAACAGAAGACACUCAGCUCCCUGCAGGUAAUUCUUUCAGACGUUGAGAAGAAAGGUGAGACGGCGGAGCAGGAGCUGAGAUCUAAAGCGAGGGAGAUCCUGAUGCUGGAGGGCGAGCUGGAGCGCCUGGAGCGGCAGACAAAAGUGCUGCCUGCUCGCUGUGUAUCCAUCAGCAAGGAAAACACAGAGCUCCAGAUUGGUGUAAGUGAAGAGGAAGAGAAGGCUCGCAUGGCAUUGGAAAGGUUCAACACUUACCGACACAAGAUGGAGGCUCACAGAGCAGCAGUUUUGCAUGCGGCGAGCCAGACGCAGGCCUAUAAAGAGCUUGCAGAGAAGAGAGCGCUGGUCAGGAUGCUGGCACAGAAGAAAGAGGAGCUGAGGGAAGAUCUGGAGAAUCCAAAUGGAAACACAGUGCAAAUGGCAAAGAGAGAGAUUGAUGCUCUGAAGGGGGAGAUCUCUGUGAGGAGGAAGACUACAGCUGAGAGGAAAGAACGACUACGAAAAGAGUUUGAGACUCAGGCCCAGAUAAAGAAAGAUGUCGAGAUUCAGAAUAGGCGCUAUGAAGCCAUCAUAAAGCGACUCCACUGCCAGCUGAGCAGGGCUCAGGCUGUCCACAGGCAAAUGUCUGAAGAUAUCUACCACAUGGAGAGACAGCUAGCAGAGCUCAGGAGGCAGCUGAAGUCAUCAUAGGACUCAGUGGUCAGUGG